CCUUUAUAAAGAUGUUUUUCCCCCCCCCCCUCUGAAAUUCUUGGCCAGAUAUAGGCAAAGGCUGCUAGACUGUUCCUGAGCUUAGAUCUACAAACAGCAUCCAGGUCCUUCGUCCUCCUCUGCCUGGAUUUCUUUGGACGGCGGCAGCUGGUUGGCGUAGAAAAGUGUUUUCCUUCAAGGCGAGAUUUAUUUUUUAUUUUAUUUUAUUUUUUUUUAAAAAAAACCUCCUUGCCUAACUCAUCGCCAUGCAGCUUCUGCUGGGACUUUUCGUCUUCUCCGUCCUCCUGACUGCAGGUAAUUCCUUGUCGUGUGAACUUUGCAGCUCGCAAGGUUUAGACUGCAGUGGUUCAAAGCAAGAAUGUGCUUUUGACAAUCCUGUCUGCAUGAAGUUGACGACUGAAAUUAGUGUCGGACUCGAGAAAGUCCAAAGCACUGUGAAAAGUUGCAGUCCGAAAGAUGCUUGCAAGUUACUUGAAGAGCAGAAAGGGAAGACUUCCAGUAGCCAGAUACCUGGUGUUCCACUUGGAGCUGUCCUUAAAGAAGUUACCUGCAGCAAAGCCCCUCCCUCGUUCGCAUCCUUCUUCCCAGCAUUCCUUGGGCUCCUCCUGAUGAAGCUUCUCUUCUAAAGCUCUUCCUUCCACCCAAAAAAUUGUCCCCAUUUUCUUGGCCUGUAUAAUCUCUCCAGCUGAUCAGGCAGCCUCUUGGAUGUUAUGCAUAGGUCUCUAUAUUUCGCCAAACAGAAACCAGUGUAGCAGACAAAUAUAUAAUCUGCCAAAUGGAAACCAGUUAAGCAAACAGAUAUAUAAUCAGCAGCCUUGAAUGUGUGUUUGAAGAGAAAAAAAAAUGGCAUAAUUCCAAUAAAGAAAAUAAUAAUAAAGAAUAAACAGUUGGAUUCCA